CGUUUGAUGAACAGAUCAAAACAUUGAAGAACUAGAAGAAAGAAAAUAUCCGAUGUGUAUAUUAAUUUUAAAGUCAGAAUGAAGUGAACAUUUUGAAAAAGAGGUUGUAAGCGUAUAAAUAUGAGGAGGUCAUCCGCCCCAAGCCAAGGACCUCAGGCCAAGAGACCUAGAUUUAACGUUCCAUUCAAAAGCCCUUGUCAAAUACGAAACACGGUAGAAAAGCCACCGGCAGCAUCUGAAUUUCAGAACAGGGAUAAGGUUUUGACAUCAAGAACCAGUGAAAAUACAAUUUCUCCCAAUGAAAGACUUCAAAGCAAAGAGAAAAUUCAGUCGGUAUUUAAGACAAACACUGCCUCUCCUGUCGCUCAAACAACAUUAGAGAAUGCUGUCGUUCCUUGUAGGUACUUUGCAGUCAUGUGGUGUAAACUUUCAAAGAAAAAGCAUAAAAAGUGGGAAGGUGAUGCUGUGUUGGUGACCCAGGGAAGAAAUGUCACAUUGUAUGACAUUGAAGGCAAAGUGAUAGGAAAAGCUACAGGGUACAAAAGUGUAGAGCUUGAGGCACUUAAAGAGGAUGAAACUCUAAUGAUAGGAGGCAAGGAAAUUCAGGUGAUGUCAAUAAUGACAGAAGAGCAGUUCAAAUCUGGAAAGUGUUUUUCCUCUUUGACAGAAGCUUCUCAGGUCCCCACCAUGCCGGAAAGACCAGUUGUCUCUGCUGUAGAGAAAACAUUUGUCAACCCACUGAAAGGAGGGAAACCAGCUACAACUGUUUCUUUCUCCACCACCCCUCGACAUGACCCAACUACACCCAAUGCUCUUGUCUUGCCUAGACCCACUGCAUCUCACCAGUGGCAAUACAACAAGAAGAACUUUCCUGUUGUGGAUGUUGUUGUGGAUCCGUAUCUUUCUGUCCACCUUAGACCACACCAAAGAGAGGGAGUCACUUUCCUGUAUGAGUGUGUGAUGGGUUUUAGAAACAUUUCAGGAAAGGGAGCUAUCUUGGCUGAUGAUAUGGGACUGGGAAAAACACUGCAAUGCAUUUCUUUGUUAUGGACAUUAUACAAGCAAGGCCCCUAUGGUGGGAAACCAACAAUUAGAAAUGCUCUUAUCAUAACUCCUGGAAGUUUAGUCAAAAACUGGUUUCAAGAGAUAAAGAAAUGGUUGGGCACAGAAAGGUUGAAAGCAUUUGCUGUUAGUUCAGAUAAUAAGAUCGAGGAGUUUAUGAAUACGUCCAUAUAUCCCAUUGUGAUAAUUUCCUACGAAAUGUUUGUACGAGUUUAUGAGAAACUACAGUCCUUGCAGUUUGACAUCAUUGUCUGUGAUGAAGGUCAUAGACUGAAAAACAGCAGUAUUAAAACAACAUCUUUAAUUGCCAGUUUGCCAACACAGAGAAGAGUAGUUUUGUCAGGUACUCCAAUACAAAAUGAUCUACAGGAAUUUUACUCUAUUGUGGAAUUCUGUAAUCCAGGAUUGUUGGGAACAUCUGCAUCUUUCAAAAGAGUGUUUGAAACCCCCAUUGUUGCCUCCCGUCAGCCAGGUGCAUCGGUGGAGGAGCUUGAUUUGGGGGCUAAAAGAGGCAGUGAACUCAGUCGUAUAACUAAACUGUUUGUCCUCAGACGCACCCAGGAAAUCAACACAAAAUAUCUCCCUCCAAAAUGUGAGAUAGUUCUUUUCUGUAAGCCUACUGACCUGCAGCUGAGGUUGUACUGCCAGAUGCUUCAGGGGAAGUUGUUCCGGUCCUGCCUCGGGAGUGAUGGAGCCUCACAUCUGAUCUGUAUAGGGGCUCUCAAGAAGCUUUGCAAUCACCCUAGUCUAAUUUUCACCAAAGCCUGCCAAGCUGAAGAAUGUACAGAGGACCUAGAGGAGGGGUCUGUGUACAGUGGACUGUCCUCUCUCUUUCCUCCAGGAUACCAAGAAGAUGAUUGUUCAGCAGAACAUGCAGGGAAAUUAAAAGUUUUGUCUGAAAUUCUAAAGCAGAUACACAUGAACUCAGAAAAGAUAGUGGUAGUUUCCAAUCACACCAAGACAUUAGACAUCCUUCAACAGUUCUGUGGCAAAUGUGGAUAUGGCUAUUUACGAUUGGAUGGUCAAACACCUACUAAUAUACGACAGGAAAUUGUCACCAAGUUCAACAGCAAGCAUUGUGUUGAAAAGGUAUUUUUAUUAAGUUCUAAAGCUGGAGGAGUUGGUCUGAACCUUGUAGGGGCGUCCCGUCUCCUUCUGUACGACAUUGACUGGAACCCUGCCAAUGAUCUGCAGGCAAUGGCAAGGGUGUGGAGAGAUGGGCAGAAAAGACAGAUUUACAUCUACAGACUUCUAACAACUGGGACUAUUGAAGAAAAGAUUUAUCAACGUCAAAUCAGUAAGCAGGGUCUUAGUGGAGCCGUCAUGGACCUCAAAAACAAGAGGGAGGCUCAGUUUUCCCUACAGGAGCUUAAAGAUUUGUUUUCUUUAAAUGAAAACACUCUGAGUGACACUCAUGACCUUCUGAAAUGUGAAUGUGGAGGACAAAAAGAAACAACUCCUGAAACUGAUCCUGCACAAAGCUCUAGGUCAUGUCAGCUGGGGAUUCCACCCAUUCAGAAAAACAAGACACUGGGUAUGGAAGAGCUAAUGGAUUGGAAACAUAUAUCUGGGAAUGUGCUUAACAAAAAUACGGACUGGUUACUUGGAGAUGCUCCCUCUUCCAUUACCUUCAGCUUCUGGCAAAAAAUCAACUCUGAAAAAUCUACAACUUGUACAGACUGAACUGGUUUCAAAUGCAAAGGGACAUAUAAGAAACUUGAUGAAUACAAAACAUUUACAUGUACCUUAAAUAAGGAUGUAUUAAAAUAUGAGUACAUGUAACGUGUUUUAAAUAAAGUAUCAAAUAAAUUAA